UUAAGCUCAGCUCUUCCCUGUUUAAGCUCGGAUGUGAUGGCUCGGCCGGCGGCCACGGCGGCUCCGGACGCGGCGGCCACGGCGGCCGCGACUGCGGCCGCGGCUGCGGCUGCGUCCGUGAGGGCGACCGCGGCGGCGGAGGCCGCGGCUGCGGCGGUCGCCGCGGCGGUUGCCGCGGGCGCGGAUGCCGCCGCUGUGGGGAUGCUGAAGGCGGCGGCGGCUGCUGCCGCAGAGGCUGUGGGCGUGGGCGUGGGCGACGGUGGCGGCCGUGGUGCCGCGGCGGGCCUUGGCCUCGACGGCCGAGGCAACGGCAACGGCAGCGGCCGCGGCCGCGACGCCCGCCCGUGGCAGCAGAAGGUCCGCGGCCGCGUGGUGUCCGCGGCUGAAGAGGCGGACGCGAUGGUGGUCCGGUCGCUGGUGCAGGCGGUCUUCGCCGCGGUGAUCGCGAACGCGGCCGUGGUGCCGGCGGUGGUGGUUGACCCCAACCCCUUCCGCAUGCUGGUGGACCAGGACGCGAUGGAGGCGAUGCCUGACGACGAUGAGAUGAUGCCGGACCGGACGCCGACUGCGCUGGACGCUGCGGCAGCUGCGGCCCGGCGUGCGGCCCCCAAGCGGAGCCGGGAGCAGGCGCAGGCGGCGGCCGCGGCGGGCGAGGCGGCGCUGGCGCUGGCCAUCCGGGAGAGCAAGGCGGCCAAACAGGCCUUGGCGACGGCGGCGGCGGUGCGAGCCGCCGCAACAGCCGCGGCGGCGGCGGCAGCAGCGGCCGGGGCCACGGGCACCCCGGCGGCGGCCGAGGCCGGGGCGGCCGCGGCGGUGGUCGCGACAGCAGGCGUGAGUGGCACGAUGGCCGCCGUAGAGGCCACCGCUGCGGCGGGCGUGGAGCCGGCCUCGCCGCCGGCCGCGCCGGUGUCAACGGCGGGCUUGGGGGGCAUCGUGGGCCCGGCGGUCCUGCCCGCGGGGUGGAGCAGCGACGGUGGUGUGGGUGAUGAGGGCCUGGCGGGCGGCGUCGGGCAGGGGCUGCUGGGGGAUGCGGAGACAGCGCCGGAUGCCAACGCGAAGCUGCUGUGUCAGGGCCGGCGGGGCGGUCCUGGCGACUUCAUGGACGUUACGGACCUGGCGGCAGCCGCUCAGCGGCUGCAUGCACGCGAGUGGACUGCGUGGUGGGCGCCGGCCCAGAAGCCGGAGGGCCGUCGUGUUACUGGCGGUACGGCAAUCCUCAUUCGGUCGAGCCUCCUGCAGCAAGGCGCCAUGGUGCUCACUGGCGGCGCAGCUGCCGUGUCGGUGGCGGCUGGCGCGUGGGCGGGCCGCGGUGUUAGUUUGCAGUUGCAGUGGGGUGGCCACACCUUCACGCUGACGUCAGCCUACUUUCCCCUGGCAUCCACAGCGCAGCAGGCUUUCAUUCGUGAGUGGGUGGGCCUGCGGGCGUCGGGCUCGGGCGAGCACCUCCUGGCAGCUGACUUCAACUUUGUGGCAGAUGUGGCGCUGGACACCGUCACUGGCCGGGCGCGCAGCGACGGACCCGCAGCCGCCGCGCUGGCGGCGGCGUGCCCUGGCCUCAUUGACGUGUUACGGCGGCGCCACCCGGCUCGCCGCGUGUGUACCUUCUUCCACCCCCACGGGGCGAGUCGGCUGGACCGCAUUCUGUGCAGUGGCGGCCUCGAACCGCAGGUCCUGGAGUGCGGCGUCGCCGCCGGGGUGCCCUCCGAUCAUAUGCUUGUGACGGUUGCCCUUGCGGCGUCGCCUGAAGCCGCGCCACCCGCUCGGAGCCUGCCCAGGGCCCACCUCGGCUUCCGGGACUUCAAAGACUUGGAUCGUGACUACCGUGCCUGGCUGGGUACGGCCCUGGCGGCACGCCCUACUGAUCCUGUUGAGCUGCUGGAGUGGUGGCCGGCCCUUAAACGGGCUGCCGCCACGUCCGCCAACCGCCUGAGCCGGGAAGCUGUUACGAGGCGUGUGGCCGCCAGCCAGCGGGAGGCGGCCGCGCUUGAUGCGGCGGCAGCAGCUGCCGCCGCGGUGGAGGCUGGCGGUGAUGUGCAGGUGGCGGCGCAGGCGGCCGUGCGGGCGCGGUGCACGGCGGCGGAGGCCGCCGUGGCCGCGGCCGCCGGCGCGGCGCGACGUACGCGCCACGCGUGGCUGCGUGGCGGCGAGAAGCCCUGCCCUCUCCUCACGCGCAUGCUGCGGCCGGCGGGCGGGGACCGUGCUACAAAUGGCUCCACAGUUAGCCGCCCUGAAGGCUAAGCAUUUGCAGUAUGUGUGCGAUGCGGGUGUGUCGGGGGUGGGGGCUGCCCUGGCGGCGGGGGCCUUCGUGUGCACCUUGGCCCGCUUGUGGUCGCUGAAAUGGGAGAAUCAUCAUAAGAAAGCACUGUGGCGUGUGGCCGCCAACGCUUGCUGCGCGUUUCCACGGCAUGCUAGCGAGCGGGCGCGAGGCGUUACUGUUGACCCGUGUUGGGCGUGUGGGGUGGACAUGCAGGAUGGGGACCGGCGUCACUGGUUUUGGGACUGCACUGUUGCGCGGUCACUGCGGGAAAGUAUGGGGAUGGCUAUGGGUUUCCUGCCGGAGGAGGCUCUAAGUGCCUUCUCUCGUGAGGAGUUGUGGUUAGUGCGCCCGCCUGCGGGGUUUGCGCCACCUGUGUGGGAUGUGGUGUGUCUCGCUGCUAUGUCUGCCCUGGACUUUGGUCGGCAGCGUGUGGUUAUGGCCGGGUUGGCGGCGCGAGCGAAGCUGCCGUCGGCCCGGGUGCUGAGCAUUGGACUUGCCGUCGUCGCUGACUUCUGGGGUCGUCUCCAGACGUUUGUGACUUUGGGUAUCAGGCCAAAGGGUUGGGACGCUGUGCCGUUUGCGCAUCCCUUCAUAUCUCGGGCUGUUGGUGACGGCAUGGUUUUGCGCUUGCCGUAUGACGCUGAUUCCCCGCCCCCCUCGCCGUGAGAGGUUGUGCGUGGUUGGUGGCUCUGUGUGUGGGCAGGAUGCACGUGUGGGCGACCGUUCUAGUACCUGGACGCUUGCGCCCUGGUUAGUGCGUGCGCUGUGCGUGUGUCCUGCGGCCUAGACGUUUCCCGGCACUCCUGUGCCUAGGCUUGUGGCGUUGAGGCACAGCGGUGGGGCUUUGGCGGGUUGAGGCUUGGCUAGCCUAUAGGACUCACUGUGCGCGGAGUCACACGGACUUUGCCCGCGGGAGGGUUUGCAGCAAAGUCGGGGUUGGGCCCUGAUAGCAUGUGAUGGCUCGGCGUCUUCGGGAGCUGGGACUGUCCCCUCUGUAACAUCCGCAUCCAUACAUGCGCUGACGCAGGCAGGCCACGUUUACAGUCCUCCCGUUUGCCGGGCUACUGCUAGGCUUUGGGCACGCAAAUUGUGCACGAGCACCACACUGGGUCAUUUUAAGGCAACGCAACCUACCGUGCCAGCGUCAAUAGUGCUGCAGCAUGACCUUGUUUGGAGGAGGGCCCCUUGGGUCGUAUUGCCCAGAGCCCAAUUCCGGUAACGGUCAUGCAUGUUGGCAAUGUGUUUGUGAAAGUGCGCAAGGCUGCACAGGGCACGAGACUAGGCAAUGGACCAUCGUGCUGACUACUACUGACGCUUGCAAGCCAGCUAGCAAUGCUCUACCACCUCUACGCGCCCAGUAGGACAUGGAUACAAGCUCCCACCAAUGGGGCUGCGACGGUGGUCCAUUGGUCCGCCAUUGGCCGCUCGUGCACCGUUGGUCCGUUGCGUGCUGAAGCCCAGUAUUACUAGCCCGGAAACGGGAGACCCCCACUCUUGCCCCCACUGCCGCUUCCAUAUGCCGGGGUGCUACAAUGAGCACACCAAUGGGCAACUGGGCUCUGUGUAAUGUGCCGGGGCG